CUCUGUGUGAAGCAACAUUUCUAGCCUACUGGCAAAUGUUUUUCAAGAGGAAAUCAACAUUACAUAUUGGAACUACUCAAGUUGUCUAGAAACAAAACACGAGGUUAUAAUUAGAAGGUAUACGUAAACUAGACUCUUAGAUAUUAUGUAUUUUUGCAUACAGCUUUUAGUUGUGGCCUUGAACGGAUACAGAUAGUCGUAAAGAUGUUGUUCAUUUAAAAUGGCGGAAUGGUGUUGAAAUACGGAUACUCUUCUGCUUGGAGGAAAGUUUAUUGACGUAUGUUUAUGAUACAAGUAUUGUUUGGUACACUGGGCUUGAUAAAACUGCUGCAUUUGACAUGCAGAGGGUUGUUUAAAUACAUGUUGCCUCAAAACAUGUUUAGAAGUAUAUACAUAUGGGAAACAAUCAAGUUGUCAAUGAAAACGGAAGACAUGUUUUCUGUUAACCUCAAAGACACCAGUAUUUUAAAAAUAAAACGAACACUUUAAAUCAUACCAGUAACUCUUAAAUGUACAAACCAAUAUUUACCACACUUAACAAUGGAACAUUAACAGCGCAAUAUUUUCUAUAUAUGGAGAGUCUCAUUACAUGCGUUCAGUAAGACAGAUGGAGAGGCGCUAUUGUUGAUUGUACCAAGGCACGCGAACUUACAUGAAGAAAAUAAUUGCAGUGGAUUUAUAAUCUGCCUAGAAUUCUUAAAAGAUAAUAAUCUACCUUAUGAAGAGAAAGAAAUGUGUUGCUUUAAAUCAAUAUUCAAGCCGGAAAUAGUACGGUAUUCAGUAUUUGUUGUGUGUUUGAUGGAAUUAAGCAUAGAAGUAGUAGUUAUUGCUUUUAUGCUGAGUAUUUCUGAUGUAUCUAAGUGUUUUGCCUGUAGCUGACUGUAAAUAAAUGUUAAAAUAGUCACAUCGAACAGUAGCUUUAUGUUGACGUACACGUGACAAACUGUUGCCAUGGUGAUUGAACGCUUUAAUUUACUUGGAAAAUAAAUCGCGUACAAACAUCAACAGACUUAAAUCGGCGCGUAUAAAAAAACGUAAAGUAAUCAUAUCAUUCCAGAAAUUAUGACAAAUACCGUUCGAGAAAAUUUUGGUUUCAUUUGUCUUGUUAUUACCACAGCUGGAACUUUCAUUUGUUUUGUAACGCCUUAUUGGCAUGUAACAGGGAGGACAGAUGAAUAUAUUGUUGGGAAGUUUCAUGGUGGACUUAUGGCUCACUGUGAGCCUGGCGGCUGUAAGUGGCUUCAUGCUGAAGACAUGUUCAUGCAGAAACGAAUGCCAGACUGGUUCAAGGCCACCCAAGGUUUGAUGUCUGUAGGGCUUGGACUUGGACUUAUAGCAUUGCUGGUUGCUACAUUAUCACUUUGCUGCACGUGUCACAGCUGUAACCCACAUCAUCCAAUAUGUGGACUUCUCUUGACAUCUUGUAUCUCGAUGGCGGUAGGAAUUGUCAUAUUUGGUGUGAAGGCUCAUGACGAUUGGGGUAUCGAGUUGGAAAAGGGCUUGUAUGGCAGUUUUGGCUGGUCCUUCUGGGUUGGAAUAGGAGCGACAGCAAUGGCUUUCUUAACCGCUUGUAUAUAUUGCUGUAUGGGGAGAAAACGGCAUUAGACACAAACAUUUGUUCCCAGUUUACAUUGUCUGGGUACACACUGAUGCAGAGAACAUCAAAAUAUUGAAUGUAAGAGUGAAAUCAUUUUGCCUGAAUGAAAUCGUACAAUACUGUGUAACAAAGUAACCGAUAUAUAUAUAUAUAGUUUUCGUUUGAAUACGAGAUGUUGAUGAUUGACUGAAUGCUCUACAAUCAAAAAGUUUUACAUAACCAGUUCAUACCUCCUGGUGUCAAACUUCAUUUGUUGUUCCCGGCCUAAUUAAUAAAACAGCUAUCCGAGGGUUAGCAAUUGUUUAAUGUUUGUGUUCUGACAUUCAUCUUAUGUCGUCAACAGUUUCAUUUUAAUCAACUUCCCUGAGGUUGACAAGGCGGGUUGUAUCUCGGAAGUUUAUUAGAAUGGUUGUACUUUACAACUGUAGUUGACAAAUGGGCUGCUUGUGCCAAGAAUAGGAAGAAACAGUUCAAAUAUGUGUUCUUAAUUAGAUAUACAAGUUAGUGACUCUCCACUCUCCAUCUCGUUACCUUGUUGUUGUUUUUUUUUCUGCAGAUAUUUUAGUUAAUACCUGAAACAUAUUAUGUGUCAUCAAAAAACCGACAUAAGCAUGUGAUUAUAUAAUUAAAUCUUUAAUUAUGUUUGCUUUACAAAUGUUACGGCAUUUACAACAAACUGUAUCUGAAGAUUUUAAAACAUUUUUCCAUCCAUGGUUAAUAUGUUUAUAGUUCCCAAAAUCAAUUUGAUUUUAUGUUAAAGAUAAGUAAACGCUAGAAUUGUCAUAUUUCUAUUGAAAGAGUGAUUAAAUUUUGUAAUAUUGAAUACGUUUAAAGGGAAACCAUUCUUACUGAAGUCUUUGAACCCGAAACGACGGGGAAAACAAAAUCUUGGAAUUGGUUUUCCCUUUUUAACUAAUUAUUGGGCGAGUCGAUUAUACACUCACAACUGAUGGAAAUUACAUUAACAACGGUGUAACAUAUGUUUCUAAAGAAUUUCAGCAUGGUCAAAAUAGGUCACUGUAUGUUGUCAACAUAGAUAUAAACAAUGGGACACAUAACAAGGUGUUUUUGUGACAUAUUUGUUUUCAAAUUAUAUAACUCUCCUACAGUAUAGAACUCCCGAAAGGCUUUCAAACAAAUUAUUUUCUUUUAUAGAUAUUUUGUUUCGAUGAACUUUAUUUCUCUCUUAUUCCAGUAAAGAACAUGGUAUUUAGAGAUUAGUAAUUAGUACAAUAUAAAUAAUAUUUCAUACAAUUUUUAUUUAAAAAUGUUCAGUAUUAAACACUCCUGAUAGCAUCAAAAUUCAAGUAAAAUCUGUUUAAGCUCAGGGAAGGUACAGGGUGAGCUAUAUUAUUGAUGGAUUAAUCGGCGUCCAUCGUCCGUCGUCCACAAUUUGCAUAAACCUCUCCUGCGAAACUACUGGACAGAAAUGCACCAAACUUGGUUUGAAGUAUCUUGGUUAGGUCCUCUAAAAUAUUUGCUCAAAUGUUUCAGCUUUACCCCUUUGGCGGGCCGCUAAAGUUAAAAAGUAGUCACAUCUCCUUAUAAAUCUUGCUUAAUUAAUACAAAUAUCUUUUAACGACUUCUUCUCAUGAACCGCUUGAAGGAUCUUCAUCAAACAAUCUUUUGCAUUAUUUUAUGGUCUUCUUCAAGCUUUUUUUCAAAUGGGGGCACUUGGGGACUUUUAGGGGUUGAAAGAGCUAAAGUUAGUAAUACCUUUUAAUGGUUUCUUUUCAUGAACCGUUUGAUAGAUCUCCCUCGAAUUUAUCCGAAGCAUUAUUUUAAUGUCCUCUCCUGUUUAAUUUCAAUUAUGUGCACUUGACCUAUUUUAGCGUCUGCUAGGACUUAGCAUAAAAAUGCCGUUAAACACCGUUUCACGAACCGCUUAAUAGAUGUUCUAUCAAACUUGGUCUUUAGCAUCAUUAUAAGGUCCUCUAUUUUGUUAAAAUGUGGGCACCUACCUCCUUUUGGGAGCCUCUAGAGCGAGCAAGAAAAUAUUUUUAAACAACUUCUCAUGAAGCCCUUGAUGGAUCUUCAUCAACUCGUAGCAUUCAAAUUUAAAUCCUUUAAAAUGUCUUCAGGUCGCGGCAUUUGACCCCCUUAUGGAGAAGUUGGAGCUUAAACAUUGUUAAAGUAGAAACUUUGUUCAAGUGACUUUUUUCCUUGAACUGCUUGGCUGAUCUUCAUCAAACUUGUCCAUAGCAUUUUUGUACGACCCUCUUUAAGAUUUGCUCAGAUGAGGGCACUCGAC